CAGCGGUCGCGCUCUAUGGUCGUGCUAGUAGCUGGCUAGUUUCUCUGUAUGAUUGAAUUUUUCGGAUUGUACUACUGGGAUUUUGAAUUGCGUUUCUAAGAAUAUUUUUUCUUUUUUGUGAUUGGAUAAUAUUCCACGAUGAAUCUGGAGUUGCUUGAGUCCUUCGGGCAGAACUAUCCCGAGGAGGCAGAUGGCACCCUUGAUUGCAUCAGUAUGGCGCUUACAUGCACCUUCAAUCGCUGGGGCACACUGUUGGCCGUCGGCUGCAAUGAUGGCCGUAUUGUCAUUUGGGACUUUCUUACACGGGGCAUUGCCAAAAUCAUAAGCGCACACAUACAUCCAGUCUGUUCACUAAGUUGGAGUCGAGAUGGUCACAAGCUAGUCAGCGCCUCUACAGAUAACAUUGUCUCCCUGUGGGAUGUCCUUACGGGGGACUGUGACCAGAGGUUUCGCUUCCCCUCGCCUAUUCUCAAGCUCCAGUUCCACCCCAGAGACCAAGACAAAGUCCUUGUGUGUCCCAUGAAGUCGGCCCCUGUGUUACUCACAUUGUCAGACUCAAAACAUGUGGUUCUUCCUGUGGACGACGAUUCCGACCUUAAUGUAGUGGCCGCAUUCGAUCGAAGGGGGGAGUACAUCUACACAGGCAAUGCCAAAGGAAAGAUUCUUGUUCUGAACACAGACACCCAGGAUCUUGUAGCAUCAUUCCGGGUAACCACGGGCACCAGCAACACGACAGCCAUUAAAUCUAUAGAGUUUGCACGCAAAGGCAGCUGUUUCCUCAUAAACACGGCAGACCGCAUCAUCAGAGUGUAUGAUGGGCGGGAGAUUCUCACUUGUGGGAGGGACGGCGAACCAGAGCCCAUGCAGAAGCUACAGGACCUGGUGAACAGGACGCCGUGGAAACGGUGCUGUUUCUCUGGCGACGGAGAAUACAUAGUGGCCGGCUCUGCCCGGCAGCACGCCCUCUACAUCUGGGAGAAGAGUAUUGGCAACCUGGUGAAGAUCCUGCACGGGACACGAGGAGAGCUGCUCUUAGACGUAGCGUGGCAUCCGGUCCGGCCGAUAAUCGCCUCCAUCUCCAGUGGGGUCGUGUCCAUCUGGGCCCAGAACCAAGUGGAAAACUGGAGUGCCUUUGCCCCAGACUUUAAAGAGCUGGAUGAGAACGUAGAAUAUGAGGAGAGGGAGUCUGAAUUCGACAUUGAGGAUGAGGACAAAAGUGAACCGGAACAAACAGGUGCGGAUGCUGCGGAGGAUGAGGAGGUGGACGUGACCACAGUGGACCCCAUCGUGGCGUUCUGCAGCAGCGAUGAGGAGUUGGAGGACUACAAGGCCCUGCUGUACCUGCCUAUCGCUCCAGAGGUGGAGGACCCUGAGGAGAAUCCGUUCGGCCCUCCACCCGACGCCGCAGGCCAGACCGCCUCCGCCGAAGAUGGCACUGUACACACAGGCUCAGGAGAUAAGAAGCGCCAGCCGUCAUUGGAUGGCGCUCCGCCCAAGAAGAAGGCCCGCACCACCACCAUUGAGUUGCAGGGCGUCCCCAGUGACGAGGUGCACCCGCUGCUGGGCGUGAAGGGCGAUGGCAAGUCUAAGAAGAAGACCGCGGGCCGGCCGAAAGGCUCCAAAGGUAAAGAGAAAGAUUCCGCCUUUAGGCCCAAAGUCUACAAGGGGGACAGGGGGUACCCCCUGGACGGAGCGGGCAUGGGCGUGGGCAUGAAGGGCAGAGCACAGGCAGAGUCUGGCCUGGCAGCGUCAGGUAAUCUUGUUACACCGUCCUACAAACAGCAUGACGUCCAGGGCUUGGACUAAUGAGGAAGAAACAGCGCCCCCUUGUGGUUUGGGGGCCUUUUUGGCCUCGGAAGUGAGGGAGCCAUUUUGUGACUCAUUCACUGCUUCUGCUGGUCUUCACCACACAGUGGCAGCAGAGGGACACAAAAGCCUCACAGCAACAAUCUCCACGGCAACGCUGCUACCAGCAGAGUGAGGUGGUGAUGAUGAAGAGACAUUUCUGUCAUUUGGUUUCCAUUUUGUGCUUUUCCUCCAUUGGAUUCCAUUUUGUAUCCUCUCUAUUUGUUAAUGUUCCUUUUGUUUUGUAUAUAUCAGUGGACAAGUAGACUAGUGAAUAAAAGCUACCCUAUUUC